AUGAAGCUCCACGACCUCUUUAAUUCUAUCCCUGAUAGCGGCGGCUUUCAUCGCCCAGCAUGCAGUCUCAUCUCACGAGAAGAGUUUUUCGCGCCAUCAUCAAUAACGAACCGCUGCAUUUCUCGAGAUGUCGUCAAAAUCAAUUGCUGCAUACCAUUUCCCCAGCACGAGUACGACCUUGGCACUGCAGAUGCGGGAGAUGGGCAGCCAGCGACCUUGUCUUCGGAAAAGGGUCUACAGCCCAUGACCGAUCUCAAGCGAUCCCUUGAGGACAAAAGCAGAGCUCCGCCAAGCCAUACGCUCACAAAAGCUUUCCAACUUUUCUUUGCUACGCGGGUGGAGAAUCCUGGAGUCAUCAACGGAUUCCAGGCUCGGCUUCUGUCUAUAACUUGGAGACAUCUGAAGGCGCAACAGGGGGAGUUGAAUGACCGGGAAUUCCAGGAUGUCUUCUCGGUCGAGAGCCUUGAGAAAAUGCUAUUUGUGCUCCAAGAGGCAGAGUGUCUCCCUGAGGCGCGCGCAACUAUCCUGAAGAUUGCUCGCUAUGUCUAUGCAGAGCUUCGUGCCGAUCAUGGAUUCGGUGUCGACUCAGUCAGUCGGCCUGCUCUUCUGGCCUAUAUCAACCUCCUGGCAAGCAAUGGCUGUCCCGCAGAGGCUCGACUUGUCAUCCUCAAUUUCGGUGGUCGAUUUAGGGGUGCUAAGCCGUCUCCAUGGUUGACCGUUAUGAAGGGCUUCGCUAUGGCGGAUGACAAUCGCCAAUUGAGGAAUAUCACUCGAGAAUUUGAGAAAUACGACAUGAGAUUUGAUCAAGCCUCUCAUGAGGAGCUCAUUAAUCUCCUCAUUGAAAAGGGUCAGUUCAAAGCUGUCCAGACGGCCUACGAGUGUCCCAUCACAGGUGCCUUGGAUCCCUCGACGCCCAACAAGAUGGCCGACAUAAUUGAGCCUUCCAUUUCUACGAAGAGGGUCAUCAUCAAACAUGCGAUUUUGAACUCCGAGACCAAGUGGGCUGAGCCAAUCUUCAACUCACUUCCUCAGGGACCGGUGCCUGAGACUGUAGGCAUCACCUUGCUUUGGGAGGCAGCACAUGGCAACAAUGCGUCUUCGCUUGCCGAGAAAGUCAAGGCGUGGAUUGCGAUUGAUCAUCAGAUUCAGGGUGCUAUCACCAUUGCAGACGUGAACAGUCUCAUACAGUAUGCCAAUGCCUCGCGGAACCAUGAACUUGCUCCUGGCUUUGUUCGACUGGCGGAACAGUGGGGCCUGGUGCCAGACCAAGAAACCCAUCUAUUGCAGUUGGAGUCGUAUAUCCAGGCCGGUGCUGUUGAACAGACUCUGGAGAUGCUUGAGCAGCAAAUUGAUCUUAGCCUCCUGCCCACUGAAAACCUGCCCCUUUGCAAUAAAUUAAUCGCCAUGCUGUGUCUGUCAGAGCAAAAGGAUGCUCUGUUCGGUCGAAUUUCUUCUCUUCUUGAUCCCCUCUUUCAGGAAAACGUGCGGCUGGACCCUACCACCGUGGCCGCCUUGACACGCAUGCUACUUUAUCGUUAUGACUGGGAAGCCAUAUCCGAAUUGCUUCGUCCCCGCUUGGGCACCUACGAUGACGAAGGAAAGAGUCUUGUCAGGAACGCCAUCACGGACUUUAUUCUCGAUUUAAGCCAGAAGGACGAAGAUGUGUGGGAUGUGUACGAGCUUUUCAAACUCGCGUUCCCCCAGACUGGGGUUGAUGUCCGGACGGAGAUCAUGUCCAGUUUCUUCGCGCGCAAACGCAGUGAUCUUGCCGUUCUGGUAUUCGGGCACAUGCGUCAGGCCGAAGACCCCAGACGCCGUCCCAAGCCGGAUACCUACGCUCGAUGCUUCCAGGGUAUUGCCCGGAACAGUGACAAGACCAAUCUGGAGCUCGUGCACAACAUGUUGAAGCUCGACCUGGAGGUCAACCUUACAACCCGGAUCCAGAACGGAUUGAUGCUAGCAUAUGCGGCCUGCGAGAUGCCCGAGAAGAGCAUGGAGAUCUUUCGCCAGAUCCUUGCAUCCGACGAAGGGCCGUCAAACAAGACCAUCGGGAUAUUUUUCAAGGUGUGCGAGAAGCACCACAACGGUGCACAGGAGGCCCUGAAGAUGCUGCAGAAAGUCAAAAAGGUGGGAAUUGAGGUAGAUCGCCGGCUCUACACCGGGUAUAUUGAAGCAGUGGCCGCGCAGUGCGAAUUCGACGUGGCCACCACUGCGAUCGAAUCGAUGCAGGCGGAGAUCGGGGUUCCCCCCACGAGCACAACGAUUGGACUCUUCUACAACGCCAUUCCAUAUCAGUAUUGGAAGGACCAAGUAGAGGAGUGGGCUGGGCAAAAGUACCCUGAGUUGUGGGCGCAUCUGGCCACGAUGGAGCGCAGCGAGCAUGAAGAGGGCCUCAAGUUCGAUGGCAUUUCGAAUGAAAUCUGGGUGUAG